AUGAUAAAUCUUAUGACACCGAGAUCUUUGAGCAUAAAUGAUGCGAUCCUUCAAGAUCCAAAUAAUUCUCACUUGCCAUGUCGAUGGGACUUAUCGAUUAUAACAAAUUCUUAUAAGACUAUCUGGAACAUUCCAAUAAAAAACAUUAGUAUGGAUCCUAUUAAAGGAUUCUUGAUUUGGAUGAUUUUACAUGGGAUAUGUACGCAUAUUCGAGGCGUUUCAAUGCUAAUAAUAACGAAUGAUUUGAUGCACGAUAACUAUAUUAUAAAAUCGAUUAUUUCAUCUCUCGGUUGGGCGUUUGGGUGCAUUGCUAUUGCAACCUACUUAGUUAGCAUAUUCAAAAUACUUCCUCGAUUAGCAUUACACCAACAUACUGUCUACAGUAUCAAUGCUGAUCUCCCUGAAGACCAUCUGACAGUCAAUCGUUUUAUACCGAACAUUAACUCGGUGCUUAAAGUAUAUUGGGCAUAUGUAAUAUUUACAUUCGUUUUUACUUCUGUUUUGUCAAUAAUAAAAGGUUAUUUUCAAGGAACUGGUGAAGAAACUCCAUUUGAUAUAACUCAUACUCUUCUAGGAAUUGGGUUUGGUGUUUCAGAAGUGUUAGGAAUCGUGUGUUUUAUUAAGUAUGGAAGAUUAAUUAUUAAAUUGCUUGAUGAAAGUACUACACUAAUUGGGUUGAUGGACAUAAGACAUUCGCAAAGUACGACUUUAUAUUUGGAAAGUUAUCGUGCUCAUUUGAACAAGAAGGACAGUAGAGAAAUAUAUGUUAUUGUACCUAGCUAUGGCUGCUUUAAGCUUAGAUGGUACCAAUAUAAUAAUGUUGAUCACACUUUUUGGAAUCAUUUACGGAUACACAAACAAUACAGUAUACGAGCAGAAGAAAUUACCAUUUCGAUGAAUUAUUCUGAAGAUAUGACUUAA